ACCAGUACCGAUCCUAUCCAACCGCCGUCACGUAGAGCGUGUAUAGGUCCCCAAGCUAGCCAAGCCACCUAACGUGCAAGGCUCAACUUUGCACGACCAUGCAGUCUGUUUCCCCCACCCCCACGGCGACGGCUGUGCCUGUGCGCCCAUCGUUGCGUGCCGUCCCGCGCUCGCUCGCUUCGGCGGAAAGGCUUGGGAUGGGCCGUGCCGCGACAUGCACCACCACAGCACUCCAUGCGCAGUGCGGUGGCCGGGCGGAACCGGUGGAGGCGCGCAAGGAGGACGGGCCCGUGCCUCAGGAGCGAGUCCGAGGGGAGGACGAGGCCAUGGCCGGGGAAGACGAGGGCCGUAGCCCCACGGACUACGGCCGCCGAGCGCACAUCUUCGAGGAGAGCUCCCGGGUGUUCCGGGUCCUCAAGGAGCGCCGUGAUGGGGACGGCGGUGCCAAGCCUGGUGCUGCCGCAACGCGCCAUGGCUGAAACCAACACGCCCCAUUCCCUCAGAGGACACGUCGCUCCUAUAACUUCCUAACAUCACGUUUUUCUCAUGUACUUACUAUGUAUCUAGGCCGAUCAAUGUAGUGAGGUUUUUUUCACGUUA